CGGACGUCAGCUCAGCUGCCAACUGCCAACUUCAUUCAGUUCCUUUCUGGCUGCCGUCGAACGUUGUCGUCGUUCGGUUGAAUCGAAUCGAAAAGCGCAGCUCGCCAAAAAGCCAGGCCAAAAUCUCAAAGCCAGGGCUCAGUGAAACCGUUUUGUCAGCACAUAUAUUUUCGAAAAAUCGCGUAAAAAUUUGUCGAAGACGAAACCAAUUUUUUAGUGGCAAAGCAAGCAAGCAACAAAAAAACCCAAACAAACCGCAGCACAUUUCUUGGAUUAAGUGCCACAAAGUUCCUGUUCGCCAGCAGCAACAAACACCAACCACUUGGAUUACUACAAACAACAGUAUUAUCACCUAAAACUAGCACAACGACUUCUGAAAAUUUCUUAAAUAAUUUGUAAACUCCAACGAUUUGCUAGGCAACCAAAAAACAAAACAACAAACUUGUGCAACAUCCCAAAACAAAUGUGAAAGCGUGACAAACAAACAAAAAAAAGAAAGAAAUACGAAACAAAAAACAAAUGAGCAAAAAGUGAACAAAAAGUGAAAAGUAAGAAAGAGUGAGUGUUCGAAAAUGCUGCAGUGAACCUUUUGAGAAAAACCACAAAAAACACCAAUCAACAAAAUAUAAUCACACAACAACAGCAGCAGCAACAGCACAGAGAGACAAGUGUUGUUGUCCCAUGUAUUUGUUGAUGCCAUGCAAUUGAUUGUUGACAAAAUUCCCAUGUAUUCCAAACAAACAACGAAGCGCAAUUCCAAAAAGUAAGUUUUGAAGAACCUCUAAGAAUCUAAAUGAAAAACUGCACAACAAACAGUGAAAAGUGUCCAAGGCAAAGCAAAGCAAAGCAAACAAACAAACAGCAAGGAAAACCCUUCCAGUGAACUGAUAAGCUGAUAACAGCGGCGAAAGAGACAGCAACAAGCCGGAGGAACAGAGAUAGGCUUCCACAGCUGCUGCUGUCGCUUCUUCUUCUUCUUCACGCGGUGGUGCACCUGUCCCACCCACAGCCCAACAACAACAACUUUAGCAACAACCAUCAACAACAACAAUUAACACACCACGCGCUGUUGCCAUAAAACCCAAAAGAAAAAGAAAACUUAGGAAAAAUGAUGAAAUGAACCAGCAGGCGGGCUCCUCAAGGGCGCCAGCCACCGGGGGCCAAAUCUCACCGCCAGGUGCAACAGUCGGCUUAGACCAGCAGCAGCAGUUGCAGCAGCAGCAGCAGUACUACAACCAGCAGCAGCAGCAACAGUACCAGCAGCAGCAUCAGCGCGACAACUUUCUGGCCUACCAGCAACAGCAGCACCAGCAGCAGCAGCAACAGCAGCAACACCAGCGAUCCGGAGGCGGCGGUGGCAACUUUAUGCUGGGCAAUGACCUUGUCGGCAGCGACAGCCUGCGCAGCCUGAACAAUACCUUCGGUCCCAACUCGGAGUUCACGGCCCUCGGGGGCGCCUCCAGCUCGGCAGCCUCCUCGCUAAGCGGCCUGAGCAGCUCCAGCGGUCAGGGAUACACGGGCAUGGUGGCUGCCAGCCAGCAGCACCAGCAGCAGCAGCAACACCACCAGCAACAGCACCACCAACAGCAGCAGCAACACAUGUCCAGCAUGGACGCCAUGGGCGGCUACAGUCAGAUGGGUGGCGGCAUGCACCCUGGACCCAACAGCGGCAUGAUGGGCAACAUGAAUGCCCAGUACAUGAACGGCGGCUCCGGCCAGGGGGGCUACAAUGGCACCCAGGGCAUGGGCAUGGGCUACGGCGGAGGUGGCAACAUCGGACCCCAGAGGCACCAUCAAAUGACGCCCAUGAACCAGAUGCAGAACAUGUCAAUGGGCCCCGGUGUUGGUGGCUCUUCGGGCAUGGGCGGCGGCAUGAAUCCCCUCCAGCAGCAGGCGGCGCAGCAGCAAAUGGGCAGCAUGAAUCCGAUGGCCAAGAUGCAGGGCAUGGCCAACGGUGGAUAUCCCCAGCAGGCGCCGCCCAGCCUCACCCAGCAGCAACAACAGCAGCAGCAGCAGCGGAGGAUGGCUCCGUAUCCCCACCCCCAGAUGCACAUGGCCCAGAAGAGGGCGGCGGCUGGAGUGGGCGGAGCGGGCGGAAUGUAUCCGGGAAAUCCCAUGCAGCAGCAGCAGCAGGCGCAGAUGUACGGAAACGGGCAGAUGCAUCCCGGAUCCGGAGGAGGCGUUCCCCUGCCCAUGCAGGCGGGCGGAGCAGGAAAUGGCUACGGACGCAGUGGACCCAUGGGCGCCGGCAAUGGAGGUUACGGCCGUAUGUCCGCGGGUAAUGGCCUGGGUCCAACCGGUGGACCCGUAAUGGGACCCAUCGGACCCGGGGGAAUGACCGCUGGAGGAAUGGGACCGGGACCUGGGUGCAUGAGCCAGCAGCGCUUCAUGCCCCAAGGAUCCGGCGGCGGAAUGCCCGGAGUGGGCUACGGCGGAGUGGGAGGAGCUGGCUCGCAUCAGGGUCAGUUCUAUCCGGGCAACGGCCAGAGCGCCGGAAUGCAGCAGGCAGGUGGCAUGUGCCCGGCGGGCCCGGGAGGCGUGGCCACCACCGGCAAUCCCUACCAGAAUCAAGGUUUCCAGCAAAACUAUCAGCACAGUCCAGUUCCUGGCAAUCCCACGCCACCACUGACGCCCGCCUGCAGUGUGCCCUAUGUCAGCCCCAACCCGGACAUCAAGCCACCCAUGGACAACAGCGAAGAAAUGAGACUGACAUUCCCGGUGCGCGAUGGCAUCAUCUUGGCUCCUUUCCGCCUGCUGCACAAUCUGUCGGUCAGCAACCACGUGUUCCAUCUCAAGCAGAAUGUUUACAACACGCUGAUGUGCAGAACCGACUUGGAGCUGCAGCUCAAGUGCUUCCACCAGGACGACCGGCAGAUGAACACCAACUGGCCGCACACCGUCACCGUCUCCGCGAAUGCCACGCCCCUGAACAUCGAGCGGUCCGAGAAGAACAGCACCGCCCUGCGUCCGCUCUACUUGAAGGCCGUCUGCCAGCCAGGGAGGAAUACGCUCCAGCUGACCGCCAGUUCCUGCUGUUGUUCGCACCUGUUUGUGCUGCAGCUAGUCCAUCGACCCUCGGUGCGCCAGGUGCUGCAGACGCUGCACAAGCGCAACUUGCUGCCCCUGGAGCACAGUGUGCAGAAGAUCAAGCGCAAUCUGAGCCAGCCGGAGGCGAAUCCCGGAACGGAGGCCACGCCCCAGCAGCAGCCGGGCGGCGGUGGCCAGCAGUGCGCCAAGAUCUCAUUGAAGUGCCCCAUCACCAAGUCGCGGAUACGACUUCCGGCCCGGGGUCACGAGUGCAAGCACGUGCAGUGCUUCGACCUGGAGGCGUAUCUGAUGAUCAACAGCGAGCGGGGCUCGUGGCGCUGCCCCGAGUGCAGCAAGUCGGCCAUCACCGACACCCUGGAGAUCGAUCAGUACAUCUGGGCCAUACUCAACACGCUGAACAACUCGGAUGUGGACGAGGUGAUCAUCGAUUCGUCGGCCAACUGGCGGGCGCUACAGCACAAUGGCGGCAUGCCGAAUGCACCGCCCCCCUCGAAUGUUCCUAGCAAUCCCAGUGGCGGAAGUGGCCCCAAUCCCGGAAACGGAAGUGGCAACUCCACCAUGCCGGCCAUCAAACAGGAACUGUGCGACGACAUCGCCAAGGUCAUGUCGCCGGGAUCCACCCAACUGCCCACCUGGGACAGUGCGCAGGCCAUGAGUCCCUACAACAUGCACGACAUGAACUCCAUUGCCAGCGGCAACAUGAUGGGCAACGGCGGCAACACCAACCAGCAUGGCAAUCGCAGCAGCUACGACGGCUUCAGUGGCAACCACAGUGAUGGCAGCGGCGGUUUGGCCGGCAGCGAUGGCGGAGUCAACUCCCUGGACCAGCUGAAUGCCAUGGAAAAGUCUCUCAGUGAUCAGAUGCCCCACACCCCGCACACUCCCGGAGCGGCCAGCCAUCCGAUGACGCCCGGCGGACCGCCCAGCGUGAGCAGCUCCCACAACGAACCCAUCAGCGGCGGCACGCCCAAUGCCAACGGAAGCGGAAGCGGCAGCAACGGAAGCGGCAACAACAACAGCAGCACGGGCCACAACUCGCCGCAGACGCCGGGCACGCCCAGUCGCAUGGGCGGCGGCGGCGGCAUGGGCGGCGGUGGAGCGGACAGCCAGCAGCAGCAGCAGGAGCAGCUGCUCAACUCGCUGAUGAGCAGUCAGACGCAGUUGAAGUUCAGCGAGAGCGAUCUGAGUGCCGAGCUGCAGAGCUUCGAUGCGGCGGCAGCGGCCAUUAAUGACACAGCCCACGACCUGAAUCUGCUGCAGGACGUGGACCCCAUGGAGAUACUGUCCUAUCUCGAUCCCCAGCCCGACCUUAACACUCCGCCCUCGAGUGGCAGCAGCAACAACAACGCCAGCGACGACCUGCUGGCCACGUUAUUCGACUAGACCCAAUCAAAACAGAUGGCGAGAUGGUAAAUCAAGGCCCCAGAGCUGAGAGAGAGGAGAGUUGGGGAAUUGAAAUGGCAGAAAUACCAUAAAUUGUAUAUAGUAUUAUUAAUUUUAAUGAAAUGUGCACUAGAAGCAAGUCGCGUACUUCAACCAACAGUUUCGUUUCCUCACACAAACCAACAGCAGCAACAAGUAAAACCACAAAAACGGAUAAACUAUUACAAACAACACACUGGAUGAGAAAUCGAAGCGGAAAUCUGAAUUUGCCCGUGUUGAAAAACAAUGAAAUGUGAUUUAAAAAUUAAUUAAUUAAAUUAAUUGGCAUUUAAUUUAAAGCUAACCGACAAAAAACACCCAUAAAAAACGCAAAAAAAAUACACACACACAUACACAAAAAGCGUAAAAAAAAUAACAACAGUCAUUAUACCAUAUAAAAAAAAGAAAAAACAAUUAAGUUCGGAGCAUGAAAAUUCCUUCAAUGAAAUUUACGAAUUUAAAAUGCAGCAGCAGGUCCUUUGUUCGUUUAUUUGAAAAUUACAUUUUUUGUUCGCCUUAUCCCAGACUUGUUGCAAAUCGUUUCUUGUUCAUUUGAAAAGUAUUAAAAAUAUAAAAACAGAGUGUUAAAUCAGCAACAACAAAACAAGCAUGAGCAAGGAAAAACAAAAGCGGAAAAAAUGAGAGAUACAAAAUACAUACAAGUGAAAUCCCAACAAUUUUAUUACAUUUAUAAAAUGAAAACCCUUACAUUUUAAUUGUUGCAUAAUUUUAAUUAUUUUUUAAAGCCUAUCUACAGAUAAAAAGUAAUUGAUUUAGCUCGGUAAAUGAUAAACGAAAUUUAACAGAGCAGCGGAGGAAAUAUUAAGAAUUAUUAACUUUAACGAACAGAAAGUAAAUGUGUAUGAUUAAGUGACAAAACAAAACUGCAUAAUUAGCGGAAGGAGAAACAAACUAUUAAAAGUGUAAAUCAAAUUUAAUGCUAGAUCUAAAAUAUAUUGUAUAUAUGGAUAUGUAUGUUAUAUAUGCGGCAACAACAAAAAAACACAACCCCUCCCCCAAAAAAACACACACAAAGCUAAUUAAUACAUUUAAAUAAUGAUAAUAAUAAAUGAAAAAACAAAAAGUAUUUCAAAACUAAAA